AUGCUCAAGUUUUCCAGGAACUAUGGGUUCAAGUCAGUCAAACGGGAAUUCAAGCUUUUACCCGAAUUCAAGCUGAAAUGUGGUCUUGAAAUACACACGCAACUCAGCACACGACAUAAGCUCUUUUCUUACUCUACAAAUGAUUCGUUUGCGUAUGCAAAUCUUCCUAACCACCACGUAUCGUUUUUCGAUGUUUCACUCCCAGGAACGCAGCCCAAACUGAAUUUGGAGGCCAUUUUAUACGCUACUCGAUUGGCCCUCGCACUGAACAGUGAGAUCAACUUGAACUCGCAAUUUGAUCGAAAACAUUAUUUUUACGGUGAUCAGCCAUUGGGCUUCCAAAUCACACAGCAUUAUAGUCCUUUUGCUCGUGGCGGAUCCGUGGCCCUAACAAAGUCCUUAGAUGGCAUCGAUCAGGAGCAGUUACAAAUUGAUAUAAUGCAGUUACAGAUCGAACAAGACACCGGGAAAUCCAUUUAUAGGGACUCUGAACAGAUCUCACUGAUAGACCUGAAUCGUUCUAAUGUUCCUUUGAUAGAAAUGGUCACGAAACCUAGUUUUUAUGAUCUCAAGCAAAUUCGAUCUUUCAUCAAGAAAUACCAAAAUCUGGUUCGACAUCUUGGAAUAUCCACGGGAGAUCUCGAAACUGGAGCUAUGAGGGUAGAUGUCAAUCUAUCUGUGAAUGACCAUUGUCGGGUUGAAUUGAAAAAUCUUCCCAACACAAGUUCUAUCAUGAAUGCAGUAAAGUUUGAGUACGAAAGACAAGUCGAUAUAAUACGAAAUGGACUUGCCGGUACUUUGUUGGCCGAGUCCGAAACGCGAGGCUGGGAUGGAAAAUCCACGGUCAAAUUGAGAAGUAAAGAAACAUCGAUAGAUUACCGAUACAUGCCAGAUGCAGAGUUGCCGUUGGUACGAUUAUCAGCGGAUGCAGUUGCGGCUGUGAAGGCAUCUUUGCCCGUUCUACCAGACGAAACCAUAAGGCUUCUGAUGGCAGAACCUUACAAUCUAGUUUUGAAGGACGCGAAAAUCUUAACCUUGAAUUCAAGCGGCCAUGAUCAGCAAUAUGCACAGAAAGAGCUGUUAGAUUUCUAUCUACAAUCUUUCGAAGCUGCCAUAGGAAGCAAUGGCGAGAAAAUUAACCCAAAGCUACUGACCAAUUGGAUCAUACAUGAACUACUUGGGAACCUCAAUAGGCUGGGCUUACCAUUACGUGAAGCAAUCGCAGUUGUGCCGCCUACCAAAUUCGCUGAGCUCGUUGCAUUGAUACAAGAAGAGAAAAUUUCCAACGCUAGUGGCAAGCUCUUAUUAUUCCACAUUCUUGAGCAGACAAGAGACCAUAAAUUAUCUCAACCCGUGGACCUACACAGUCUAAUAGAACAAUUUGAUCUUAGCGCUUUAAAGGUGGUGGACAGUGAAGAAUUGAUGAGGAUAUGUUCUGAGAUAUUGUCUUCCGUGACCGACCCGACAAUGCUAUCUGGCAUCACUUCGGGAAAGAAGAAGAACUCGUUGAAGUUUCUUGUUGGUCAAGGAAUGCGUUUAUCUCAAGGACGAGUGAAGCCAAAGAUGUUUGAAGACACUUUUAAAAAACUUUUGAAUGUUGAGUGGUAA